AUGUUGGCCAACGGGUUUGUUUCUUUGGCUGUGCUCGGCCUGCUAGCUCGCAGCUCUUUAGCCAUAGACUGUUACCCGGACACUACUGUCCACAGGAAGGAAUGCAAGAGCGCAAUAUCUCAAAUAGUCUACCGCGACGGCAAUAUCCUUGGCUCCGCAUCUAAAUCCUUCGGGUAUAUUAACGGAAACUGCUCUAUCAUCGUCGUCAAUCCCAAGGGCGCUCACGUCACCAAGAAGCAAAUCGAAAGCGGCUUUGAACAAAUUCUCGACCAAUGCAAACCAGGGACCGGAGGGGGCAACCUCCCAGCCAACGAGGCAGUAUUUUUAAACAUCGGCAACCGCGGCAUUAAGCAGUACGCGGUGUACGAGUCGGAUUUCCCGUUCCGCAAGGAAGUCUGUGGACUGAACACCAAUGCCCCCGACACCAAGAAGGAAGAUUGUGUGAAGGCCUACGAGUCUUUCUAUCUCGGCGGCGAGGGCGAAUUCAUCAAUGAUGGCAAACUGAUGUCCUCGAAAAUUACGAAGACCUACAAAUCAUGCACUGUAUCGAUUUCCACGUCCGAUGGAUCCAACAUUACCGCAACCGGAUGGAGUGUUCGUCCCAAAUUCGACAAGUUGCUUGACCGGUGCAACGGCAAAUCUGGCGUGGUUAGCUUGAAGGAAGGAGCUCAAGGAGACAACGGCCGAGUGUUUUUGAAGACUAGGAGCAGCAUUCCCUGUGGCCUGGAAGACCCCAAGAAACAAGUUUGCUACUAA